AUGGCGGACCCCGCCGAGUGCAGCAUCAAAGUGAUGUGCCGCUUCCGGCCCCUCAACGAGGCGGAGAUCCUCCGCGGCGACAAAUUCAUCCCGAAAUUCAAAGGCGAGGAGACGGUGGUCAUCGGGCAAGGGAAGCCCUAUGUCUUUGACAGAGUGUUACCUCCCAAUACAACCCAGGAACAAGUCUAUAAUGCCUGUGCCAAGCAGAUUGUCAAAGAUGUUCUUGAAGGCUACAAUGGCACAAUCUUCGCAUAUGGGCAGACAUCGUCAGGAAAAACACAUACUAUGGAGGGGAAGCUGCAUGACCCUCAGCUAAUGGGAAUCAUUCCGAGAAUUGCACACGACAUCUUUGAUCACAUCUACUCCAUGGAUGAGAACCUGGAGUUUCAUAUAAAGGUUUCCUACUUUGAGAUUUAUUUGGACAAAAUAAGGGACCUACUUGAUGUGUCAAAGACGAACCUCGCUGUACAUGAAGAUAAAAACAGAGUUCCAUAUGUGAAGGGUUGUACAGAAAGAUUUGUGUCUAGUCCUGAGGAGGUGUUGGAUGUGAUUGAUGAAGGGAAAGCUAACCGCCACGUGGCUGUUACAAAUAUGAACGAACACAGCUCUAGAAGUCACAGCAUCUUCCUUAUUAAUAUUAAACAAGAGAAUGUGGAAACUGAGAAGAAACUCAGUGGAAAACUGUACCUGGUAGACUUGGCUGGAAGCGAGAAGGUCAGCAAAACUGGAGCGGAGGGUGCUGUUCUUGAUGAAGCUAAAAAUAUCAAUAAGUCUUUGUCUGCUUUAGGCAACGUGAUAUCUGCCUUGGCAGAAGGAACUAAAACUCACGUUCCGUACCGAGACAGCAAAAUGACCCGGAUACUUCAGGAUUCCCUCGGUGGAAACUGCAGAACCACCAUUGUUAUAUGCUGUUCUCCUUCUAUUUUCAACGAAGCAGAAACAAAGUCGACCCUAAUGUUUGGACAGCGGGCUAAGACUAUUAAGAACACAGUCUCUGUGAAUCUGGAGCUGACUGCCGAGGAGUGGAAGAAAAAGUACGAGAAGGAAAAAGACAAAAACAAGAGUCUGAAGAAUGUCAUCCAGCAUCUGGAGCUGGAACUCAACAGGUGGAGAAAUGGAGAAGCUGUGCCCGAGGACGAACAGAUCAGUGCCAAAGACCAGAAGAACCUGGAGCCGUGUGACAACACGCCGAUCAUUGACAACAUCACACCCGUGGUUGCCAGCAUCUCAACAGAGGAGAAGCAGAAGUAUGAUGAGGAGAUUGCCAGUCUCUACAGGCAGCUGGAUGAUAAGGAUGACGAAAUCAAUCAGCAGAGCCAGCUGGCUGAAAAACUGAAGCAACAAAUGUUGGAUCAAGAGGAGCUUUUGGCCUCCACUAGGAGAGAUUAUGAGAAGAUUCAGGAGGAACUCACCCGUCUUCAGAUUGAGAACGAAGCUGCAAAAGAUGAAGUGAAAGAGGUCCUUCAAGCCCUGGAAGAGCUAGCUGUCAAUUAUGACCAGAAAUCCCAAGAAGUGGAGGACAAAACCAGAGCCAACGAGCAGCUGGCUGAUGAACUGGCACAGAAGAGUACGGUUCUGUCAGCAACCCAGAGGGAGCUGGGCCAGUUGCAGGAGCUCAGUAACCAUCAGAAGAAGAGAGCUACAGAAAUCUUAAACUUGCUGCUUAAAGACCUGGGAGAGAUUGGAGGGAUCAUCGGCACUAAUGAUGUUAAAACAUUAGCAGAUGUGAACGGGGUGAUCGAAGAGGAGUUCACCAUGGCACGGCUUUACAUCAGCAAGAUGAAAUCUGAGGUGAAAUCUCUGGUGAACCGCAGCAAGCAGCUGGAGAGUGCCCAGAUAGACUCCAACAGGAAGAUGAAUGCCAGCGAGAGGGAGCUUGCAGCUUGCCAGCUCCUCAUUUCACAGCAUGAAGCAAAGAUCAAGUCCCUGACAGACUACAUGCAAAACAUGGAGCAGAAGAGAAGGCAGCUGGAAGAGUCACAGGAUUCUCUCAAUGAAGAGCUUGCCAAGUUACGUGCUCAAGAAAAAAUGCACGAGGUCAGUUUCAAAGAUAAGGAGAAGGAGCAUCUGACCCGGCUUCAGGACGCGGAGGAAAUGAAGAAGGCACUGGAGCAGCAGAUGGAGAGUCACAGGGAAGCCCAUCAGAAGCAGCUGUCCAGGCUGAGAGAUGAAAUUGAAGAGAAGCAGAAAACAAUCGAUGAAAUCAGAGAUAUGAAUCAGAAGCUGCAGCUGGAACAAGAGAAGCUGAGUGCUGAUUAUGAUAAAUUAAAAAUUGAGGACCAGGAGAGAGAAAUGAAACUGGAAAAGCUCAUACUGCUUAAUGAUAAAAGGGAACAAGCAAGAGAAGAUCUUAAGGGGCUGGAGGAAACAGUGGCAAGAGAACUUCAGACUCUUCAUAACCUGCGCAAACUGUUUGUUCAAGAUCUCACCACCCGUGUUAAAAAAAGCGUUGAGCUUGACAGCGACGAUGGAGGCGGAAGUGCUGCGCAGAAGCAGAAAAUUUCCUUUCUUGAGAACAACCUGGAACAGCUUACUAAGGUUCACAAACAGCCCUGGCAGGCAGCUCAGAACCUCACAGCCGCUCGCUCAAUCAGUGGAAUGGAGGAGAGAAGCAGAAAGUUGGUACGUGAUAAUGCAGAUCUUCGUUGUGAGCUUCCUAAGCUGGAAAAACGACUUAGAGCUACGGCAGAGAGAGUUAAGGCCCUGGAGAGUGCACUGAAGGAGGCCAAGGAGAACGCCAUGCGAGACCGCAAGCGGUACCAGCAGGAGGUGGAUCGCAUUAAGGAGGCUGUGAGAGCCAAAAACAUGGCACGGAGAGCACACUCUGCUCAAAUCGCCAAGCCCAUCCGCCCUGGUCAUUACCCAGCGUCUUCUCCAACAGCUGUCCAUGCCAUCCGAGGGGGAGGGAUGUCAAACUCCAGCUACUAUCACAGCACCAAAUAAAUGAGAAGUCAGUCCCACUUAGCAUGUUACAGACUAUCAUUAAGCCACUAGUUUCUUUUAUCCCCCUCUUCAACCUGACCCACACUCCAUUCAUCCCGCGCUUCCUACCGCCAUCUGCGACGCACUGGCCCUAGGUAUUUUGAGCUUCGUAGGAUCUCCACGUGUACAGAAGUGCUCAGCUCAACUCUUCUACAGAUACUUGUACAAUGUAUUUAACGCAACCAUCUAAGUACCCAUAGGAAGUCUGCCACCCCGCAUGGCACUGCCGGCGCCUGACCCCUGGCGCUGGGUAGGAUGGGGCCUCUCCGCUCAGACCGAUGCUGCUGGAAGUCCUCUGUCCCAUCAGUAAAGCCCGACUUCUGGCAUCCAAGAAUUAAUGAUUCGGUGACCAAGUGCCAUCAAAGGCAGGUGAUUGUGCUCUGUCGUGACUGAUUUCCUGUAUAAUAUACAUAUUAUUUUAUAUUUCUAAGGGAUACGAAAAUGUGCUGCUACAUGGUUUAAUUUUACUGCUUACAUUUUUGGAAGUAAAUUUCCCCAAAGAACCAUUUGUAAAAUCCUGAUCGAAUCUUUUGGACUGUACCAAAUCACCUUUAUUGCAGUACCUGGUAAAGAUCAAACGGGAUGCAGAGAAAUCUGUUAGUAUAAACCUAGGUUUUUGGAGUUUGGUAGCUACACGGCUGCGUGUGUGACUUAUCUUCAAGUUGCGGUCUGGUCUGCUUGUAGUUCUCCCCGUGGUGGUGGGUUUUCCUGGAGCGUGAUGGGUAAGCGUUGUUCUCCAUGACAUUUUGAAGGCUUUCAGAACGCUGCAGAAGUUUUGCCUCGGGAAAACCAGCCAGCGUCCCCGCUGCGCUUCCCGCGUGCCUCCGGCAAGCCCCGAUCUGCUCGCACCGGAAUUCACGUGCGGGAGGGAGCAGUCCCCGACCGGAACAGGCGCUCCCUCACAGAAAAAAACAGAAAAAUCCCCCAAAGCCCCAGGCCCUACCUUAAAGGAGAGAGGGUCCCAGAGGACCUGCGGGUUACAAGCUGCCCCUUGCAGACCGAAUUCGGAAAUACAUCUGUUAGGAGGCGAAGAGGACGCUGCAAGGGGGAAAGGACGUAUUUAUUGCUUGUGUAACGACACGCAAGUCAUCCUGCUGCGCUCAGAGCCUUUCUUGGUGCCAGGCAGAACGUUGCCAGCUUCUCAGCAAGGGGGCACUGGAAUCCUUCUGGGAGAGCACGGCUGCAGUAGAAGCUGCUGCUGCUCCCGCUGCCGGUCGCUGUGUCACGAAUCCACGUCACCCAGCAGCGCGGCUCCCAGGGCAGCUAUGGCUGAGCGUGGCCCUUCAGUUCUUCUGCAGGUGUUUGCUCUUAGCUUGACACAGAUAUUUGUUCUUUCAUUUCUGAAUGCGUUCACGUUGACAUGAAACCAGUUCGGUAACGGAGAGCCUCUUGAAACAUUGCGAAUUGACUUUAGAUUUUUUUUUUUUUCCCGACUGAAAUUACUCAGUUUCUUGUUGUAAGUUGGACUUAAUUUUUUUUUUUUUUUGAUGUUGCACUGUAUUUGCGAAAAUAUUUAAUGAAGUUGCAAAUCUGCAUGUAUUUAAUUUAUUUUGUAUUUUUCAGAGUUUUAUAUUUUUCUUUACGUGCACGUGCACUGCCAGGAAAAUGAACUGUGAACUCGCCAUAUGCAAUCUUUAAUGGAAUUACUGACUCAGAACUACUCUGUGCUAUCUCAUCAGCUGCUCAGAGCUGAACUUUCUGCUACAAGCUAAUUAUCCUCUUGUUUUUGCUCUAAAACAGCUCUGUCUUAAAAAAAAAAAAGAAUACCAAACUCUUAAUUGCUGCCCGAUUUUGUAUUGUAGUACAGCUUCUGUUCUAUAAAUUGAAUUCAAAAUUUGUUAGGGAGUUGCAUUUUAAAUGCGAUUUCCUAAGUUCCUCACGCUGUUGUCAUCAGUUACCUAUGACAGUUUAGACAGCUUUCUUCAGCUUGGGUAAUAAGUUAGCUUUGACAUCUCUUGAUUGUGCUAGUGCUGAUCAGCCAGUCAGUUCAUCUAGCUAAAGUAACCUGAGUUUCUCCAAGUUAACUUCUGCAUCAAGGCUGUAAGAGAACUUUCUAUAACUGAAAUGCUGACAAGAUGCAUUCAGCUAAGCUCCUCCAAAAGAAAUACACGAGAUGCUUAAUUGGGAAUUAUUCAGUCUGCCCGUUGAACUUAUUCUGCUUAUAGAUUCUUGUUUUGUAGCCUAUUUUAAAGAGGCAAUUUAAGUUUGUAUUGCGUACUGUAUAUUCAACUUUUGUACCAUUUCUAAGUCUUAUGUAUUUUAUACAUAGAAAUGAAAGCCACACGUCUGCUCUGCAGGGAUCAAACCCUGUCUUUUGCCAUUUCCAGUACCUGAUGCUGUCUUACUUUGCUCUUUGAAUGUUGUGUUAUAUUUAUUCUAGGCUAAUUUUCAAGUUGUGAUCUGUAUAGCGCAAAUGAAACUUCGCAUCUAAGAUGUCUUGCAUGGGACACAUUUCGGUGGAAACACUGUUCACAAACGGACAACACACUUCAGAUGGGAACUAAAGUGCGUAUUGUUCUUUUUCUGGGAAUAAAAAACUAUUUCCUGCUCAGCUGAGCUUCUCUUAAUGAUAUGUUCAAAUAUCUUGAGUUUGUCCUCGAAUCCAUGUUUCACUGACUUGUUUUCUCAAAGGCAAGGAAAAUUAAACCUGGGAAGAUCUUGGCUGACACAUCUUACCUUUGUGUUCUACUCAACAAGGGUGAGAUCGGAUUAUCCUGAAAAUAUUGAAAAUCAACAAAGUUCAAAAAAAAAAAACCCUUUACAACGAUGGUUUCUGCCAAGAGAACCUAAUGAGUAGCUUUUAAACUGCAUUUCACAAAGCCUUAUGCAUUAAAGGUACACAUUUACCUGACGUUUUGGUAAAUAAGGCUUGGAGUUGUAAUGAAGAAGUUGAAUUGGAAUCAAUGGCCAUUUAAACCAAUUGCUGAUGGAGGCCCAAAAGAAAAAGGCCUGAUCCAAUUUCCACUACCGGAGGAGGAAGACCUUGUGUAAACAUGAGGGUGUGUACCAACUGGAAAGCAACGGAGUUGAUAAGUUGGCAGGAUGAUCUUAACCUGCUCUUGCUUUUGACUUUCCUCUUUGCUGUGCCUGUACGGACUGAAGCGCACCGGACAACAUCUGCUGCACGGGAUGGAACACCGCUCCACGACUUUGCUCACGAUCUUGUCCAUUGAAACACUUCUUGUGGUGGGAGAACCGCAGGGGUUGAGGCGUUCUGUAGAAUUAUACAUGUCUAGUUUGUAAAGUGUGUGACGUGUACUGCAGAUGUGUAUUCUCUGGGCUCUAUGUAUCUUUACAGUAGUGUUCAUUUUAGGAAAAAAUAAAGUGUGGACACCUUUUGCUGGUAACAAGGGGAAAUUUUUUUUUGCCAUUGCAUCGAGCAAUGCUGAAAUGUAUUAAUCUCUUGAUAGCAGAUCUGAACCCUUCCUCCCCCAUCCCGUGGAGAUAAGUAUUUUAUCUUCGUUCUAAAUUCUAUCGGAGAUGGAUGGGUACGCUGGCAGACUGCAUGAUGUAUCAUUUGAAAACCGUUACAGUGGAAAAUAAAACGGAACUAAACUUUG